AACAGUAAUGAAAAGCGCGGGAAAAUAUGAAAACGACAUCUUGGGAGUGGCCCAAAAUUAGGGUUUUCAAUUUUGAGAUAGAGAUUGGGAAGUUUUUUGUGGAGCCUGCAAACAAUUGAUCCAAGUCCAUGGAUAGAGAUGGCAACGGACAGGGAAGUUGCGCGAUGGGCGCCUUCGGAAGCAUCGAUCUGAGCAGUUUUAAUGAUUCGACAGCGGUGGAUCUGAAAGGUCAGGUCCAUCAGCUCCUUUGCUGCAUCAAGUACGAUGGACCUUCUUCUGUUUCCCACUACUUCAAACCCAAAUCCAUAGCAGGGAUUGAGGUAGAUGGUUUGAAGAUGGAGGAAGCUUACUUCAGGGGAAGGAAGUUGCAAGGCACCACUGUUCACCUUCCUCGAGGCUAUUCUGGCUUUGUUAUAGGAAAGGAGAGUCUGGGAAAAAGAAAAGCCUCUGAUCAGUCUGAAGAAAUCUCAAACUUUUGGGAGAUGAAGGCAAAGUUUCAAAGUAUAACCUUUUGGAAUCAUGACAGCCUUCCAUCUCAAGAUGACGCUUUCGUUCGUUCCUUUCACUGGUUGACUGUCACAAAAGCUCUGCAUCAAUCAGUGACACCUGAAGACUUGGAAUCUGCUUCUAAUUCACAACAGGCAAAGUAAUAGGCUGAGGUUUGUGGGAAGCUUCUUGUUAUCUUAUUUCAGAACAGCAAUGCCUGGCUCUUGCUUUGGCACAAAACCUUCUCCCUUUGUGCCCACACAAACAUUUGCAAUCCGAAGACUUUCUUUGCUGCGUUUCAAUGCCUUGGCUAAAUAUUGAGGUUAGAUAUU